AUGAAGACUUCAGAUAUCUUCCUAACGUGUCUUCUCAUCACCAUCCCACUCGCUCAUCUACUUGUGUCGCCCUAUACAAAAGUGGAAGAGUCUUUCAAUAUACAAGCAGCCCACGACAUACUCAUCUACGGAACACCCACCCAGGAUGUAUAUGAACGCCUCUCCCAUACUUACGAUCACUUCACCUUUCCCGGCGCCGUACCCCGGACUUUUCUCGGUGCUGUGCUCCUCGCAGGACUUGGGCAGCCCAUCGUCGCUCUUGUUGGCUUUCACCAUGCACAGCUUGUAGUUCGAGGAAUCCUUGGUGCGGCUAAUGUUGCUGCGCUCUUGACCUUCAAGUCUUCUCUCAAGAGAGCUUAUGGAUCAGGUGUCUCAGCUUGGUGGGUGGUGUUUAUGGCGAGUCAGUUCCAUAUCAACUACUAUGUUUCCCGGACGUUGCCAAACAUGUACGCAUUCUGUCUCACUACCCUCGCUUCGGCAUUCCUACUUCCCCAACCUUCACCUCAUCUGUCUGCUGCUCGUCAGAAACAAGCCAUCGCCCUCUUGGUCAUUGCGGCAGCCAUCUUCCGCUCUGAAGUCGCUGUUCUUCUCAGCACUACGGGACUCUACCUCCUUUUCACGGGUCGUAUCGGUCUGUGCCCCUUGAUUCUCACUUUCCUCGGCUCAUUCAUCUCUUCGCUGCUUAUUUCAGUGCCCAUUGACUCGUAUUUCUGGCAGAAGCCCCUAUGGCCCGAGUUAUGGGGUUUCUACUUCAACGCUAUUCUUGGAUCUUCGUCAGAAUGGGGCGUUUCUCCAUGGCAUUACUAUUUCACCUCAGCGCUUCCCAAGCUAUUGCUUAACCCCUUCGUACCAGCGUUGGCAGUGUAUGCGCUACUCCAGCCUGGCACAUCACGGACUACCCAGACAUUGUUGAUCCCCAACUUGCUCUUUGUGGCCAUUUAUUCUGCUCAGCCUCAUAAAGAGGCUCGUUUCAUUUUCUAUGUGGUGCCGUCUCUGACUGCCGCUGCAGCUCUCGGCGCCAAUUUUGUCUCCUCUCGCGCCUCUAAAUCCAUUAUCUACCGUGGUGUGUCUGCCGCCAUCGCCUUGUCGGUCCUCGUCAGCUUCGCAGGCAGCACUGUCAUGCUCCUAUUCUCUUCACUUAACUAUCCAGGCGGUGACGCACUUCAGCAACUCUCUUACAUCACCCGUGAUGACCCUACUCCUGUCAUCGACGUCCACGCCGACGUCUUGAGUUGUAUGACGGGGCUGACCUUGUUUGGGCAGAAUCCAUCUGGUUGUCCCAUCGCUUUCCCCAUCAGCCCCAACCCUGAUUCUACGGCACCUGUUCUAGUCUUCGACAAGACCGAAAAGGGAGACCAACUUUAUUGGCCGCGUUUCUGGGAGCGCUUCGACUAUGCUCUCGCAGAGAACCCACGCAAGGUGUUGGGUGGCUGGCAGGUUAUAGGAGUUGUUGCGGGUUACGACGGUGUUGAGAUUCUCAAGCCUGGCUCUCCUGCUGCAGGAGAUGAGAGUGAGGAGGGAACUAUCGGUGGUGAGAAAAUACUUGGACUGGGCGCCAAUGUUGCUGCUGUCAGAAAUCUGGUCAGGGGCUAUACAGGUGGUUGGUGGGUUGGACCUCGAAUGUCACCCCGAAUCCGGAUCUUGAGGCGUGUCAGUUAG